CUUACUUGGGGCCUGAAAUGACAUCCCGGCUGUCCGCCAUGUUUUACACGGUCGAGGUCGGGGACACCAAGUUCACCAUCCUCAAGCGGUAUCAGAACCUCAAGCCAAUCGGAUCCGGAGCGCAAGGAAUCGUCUGUCCUAUCAUUGGUUUGGUAGCUAGCUAGUGCAUACAUCUAGUUAACGCACGAAUCCACCAUCACCACGAGCCCUGUCAUCAAGAAGAGGGAGGGCCCAAAAAAAAUCCAAAAAACAAUCGCGAAAUAAGAGCGAGCGAUUAAGGGCGAGAAAUAAAAAAGGGCAAAACAUAUAUAUAUAUAUAUAACGGGAGAGUAUGGAUAACGUGGUGACGAACUCUACGGAGGCUGGCAACAUUAGGAGCGGAUAUCGUCGUCACGUAUUCGGUGACACGGAACUCUGCAUUCCGGAACGUUACGUCGACGUCGAGCCACGAGGCGUCGGCGCUCAGGGCGUCGUUUGCGCGGCAUACGACACUCUCACCGCGCAAAAUGUGGCGAUCAAAAAACUCUCGAGACCCUUUCAAAACGUGACACAUGCCAAGAGGGCGUACAGAGAGUUCAAACUGAUGAAAUUGGUUAAUCAUAAAAACAUCAUCGGAUUGCUGAACGCAUUCACGCCUCAACGAUCCCUCGACGAAUUUCAAGACGUCUAUCUCGUGAUGGAACUGAUGGACGCAAAUCUCUGUCAGGUCAUCCAGAUGGAUCUGGACCACGAGCGGAUGUCCUACCUUCUGUACCAGAUGCUCUGUGGCAUCAAGCAUUUACACUCAGCCGGUAUAAUUCACAGGGAUUUGAAGCCAAGUAAUAUCGUGGUGAAAUCUGACUGUACCCUGAAGAUUUUGGAUUUUGGUCUGGCAAGGACCGCCGGCACGACGUUCAUGAUGACUCCCUACGUCGUGACACGUUAUUACCGGGCACCAGAGGUCAUACUGGGAAUGGGUUACAAGGAGAACGUGGAUAUAUGGUCGGUAGGCUGUAUUAUGGGUGAAAUGAUAAGAGGAGGUGUACUGUUUCCCGGUACGGAUCACAUUGAUCAAUGGAACAAGAUCAUCGAACAACUUGGCACGCCUGCGCAAGAGUUCAUGCAACGGCUGCAACCGACGGUGAGGAAUUACGUCGAGAAUAGGCCGCGGUAUCCAGGAUAUCCUUUCGAGAGGCUAUUUCCGGAUGUCCUAUUCCCAUCGGACUCGUCCGAACACAAUAGAUUAAAAGCGAGCCAAGCCAGAGAUCUGCUCUCCCGCAUGCUAGUGAUUGACCCGGAGCGACGUAUUUCCGUGGACGAUGCCCUUUUGCACAAUUAUAUUAACGUCUGGUACGACGAGGGCGAAGUCAAUGCCCCUGCACCAGGUCCCUACGACCACAGCGUGGACGAGAGGGAACACACGGUUGAUCAAUGGAAAGAAUUGAUCUAUCAGGAGGUGAUGGAGUACGAGACUAAUCACAAUCCAGCGGCAGUGGCCCAGGCGGCGGAACCGGCUGGUUCACGGUAGACGCUGUGAUUUGGAUAUCCAUUUCCGGUAGCAAGAGGAAGAGAAAUGAAUAAGACAAGUAAAAGGGAGGAAUAAGAAGUUUAUCGAAUACCGGAAGGAGGCAAGAUUUAAUGACGAAUCGAGUUGUUGGAUGGGACGAUGAUUGAUUUCGAUGAGGAUUGUAUGAGCAUGAUAAAGCGAAAGUACGUCUAUUAACGAUAGUAUGAGUUAUCAUUGUGAUGUGAUCACUGAUGUCGAGGAUCCGAUGUGUAAUGAGUAAUCGAGCCUUUUUAACCGGGAAUAAAGAAAAACGUAAAAAGCUUUUACGAGUGCAACAAAGUGGGAGUAUUGUAUGACGCGUUGACGUUGCUAGAAAGAGGAUAUAUUAAUCUAUUAUUACUAAGAGUAAGCUAUGCGCAUGCGCAGAUGAUGGCGAGUAUUAUCGCUCAAGUCUUUAACGAGAAACACGAAGGAUAUGAAAAGUGAAUGAAAACUCACGUCUUAUGUUCAAGAGAAAAGGAACAACAAUAAUAACAAUAACGGCAACAAAAAAGUAACGUCAUUGUAUGAGAAAAUAGUGUGCCUGUCUUUUUUCUUUCUGUCUUUCCUUUCUCUGUCUCUCUCUCUCUCUCUCUCUCCCUCAAUCUCUCUAUGAUUGUAUACGAGCGAGCGAGCGAGUGCCUUCAAUGUGAUGAACUGUGUACGUCGAGAAUGCAAGAAGACAAAAAAUAAUAGUGACGUUACUAAAUAAAAAAUAAAAUGGUGGACUGGUUUACUGCUAGUUGGCAUAAGUGACUACGCGAUUGAGGUUAUGGCGUCUCCAUAUACGAAAAUGCGAAAUUAAUAAAGUAAAGAGCGAUCAAUGCGUUUAAUACUGCGUCUAAUCGCAAUUGGUAGAAUGUAUCGAUAAUAUUAAUAGGAGAAAGUCCCAAUCGAUUAGAGAUGCGUAUUGAUUUAUUCUCUGAUUAAUCAAAUGCCGGAGAGAAAAUAACUUUUAUCGAUAUUUCACAAAGCCACCGCAUUAUCCAGGCAGCGCGGCAAUCGCACGCUGAUAUAUAUCUCUCUCUAUCAGUAUAUCUUUCUCUUUCUCCGUCUUUCGGGCUGAUUUUUCGAACUUCCGUCCGCGACAAUUACUCACAAUUUUCGUACAUCCGCCAUGCGCACUGUUACCUUUGCGAUAACUUCCGGCUCUGAGUUCCAAGUUCGUUGAUCCUCGAGACAAUCUUGCGCGUCUCGCUGCCAUCUCUUGUUUCUCUAUUUUUUUUUUCUUCAUUCUCAAGAGGGUCAAAAUAAUAAAAUAAGAACGCUGUUAACCCUUUGCGAAAAAAAAGAAAUGGAGGAACAAGGAUAUAAAAGAGAAGAAAAAUUGCGACAGUAUAAUCUGUGCAAAAAAAUAGUAAGACUAUUUUACUCGUCGCGAAUCAUUAAUUUCGAGACGAAGCGGACUGCCGAUAUUCCCUUGUGAAUGAUAUAGUAGCUAAAAUCAUUUUUUUGAUUCGCUGCCAAUGACAGGCUUCUUGUGCGAAAUAUUUUUUAUAACCCUGACCUGUCCCUCCCCACCCUCAAUCAUCCCAACCCCAUUUCCCAUCUCAUAUUAAAGUUGGCAAAAUCCCAAGCAGACCCAUAUACAUAUAUAUACUUUUAAUGCGAUUUUGCGAAUAAUCGGUAAUACCUUGCGCCAGCGUACGUUACGAGCUUCGAGCGUGUGAUUGUCUUUUUUACAAGAAAAGAAAAGAAAUAAGAAAAUCAAUACAAAACGAAAGUCGACUUUCGUCUUUUUAAGGAAAAAUUUAUUAUCGAUAACUGAUCAAAGCAUUACGGAUUUAUAAUGCGCGAAAUCCAUUUGCUAAAUCACGCUAAAUAUAUCCCGGGUAUAUUUUUGCCCAUUGGAACGUUAAACGCAAUACCGAUAUAUUUUUCGUAUGACGAUUUUUAAUCGUGGGAACAAAUAUCAUCGAGAUUACCGAAACGCAUAUACGAAUUUUGCUGCAUGGUUAAUAAUUGUUGGACUGUUUUGGUUGAACACAUGGUUUGCCAUUUAUUUUUUUUCCGAAAAAACAAUCGAGAAAAAUAUAUAAUCUCAGAGAGGAGACAGUUUUACGCUCGAUCCGUCUCGUAUUUGUUUACGGAAGUCGCAUUUAUGUGUAAAAAAAAAGAAAAUACAGGAAAAUACAAGAGGUGGGAAUAAGGAAUGAAUGUUGCAUUAAGAAUCCAAAAAAUUCUACGAAAUUCGUUACCGUUCGUACGGUCUCGAGGUGAGGGAGUCUUGUAAGAAAAAAAAAAAUUAAAUUCUCGCACAUCCAUAAUGGAUGACACUCUCGUAUUAUCGAUUACUGUAUCAUCGAACGAGCUGAGAGUAAUCGUAAAAUCAUUAAGGAAAGUAACUCUACACUUGAUAAAUUUGAAUUUGUACAUAAUUAGAAGGUAGAUCGAUGUACACAAAAAAGAACGAGAAACCUAUCGAUGCGUUACUGCGACACCGUUGACCAUCACGGCUAAAAUUACGUCCGUUAUAUAUUAAUAUACAUUUUUGUUUUCUGUUCUGUAACAAGGAAAAUAUUGGAAAUUCAUAUGCGACAUUAUUGAAUAAUAGACGUCGUGCUUGGCAGUAAAGGCGAAUUCAAAGAAUUCUUAUGAAAUCGUAUAGGGAAUAAUUAUUUUAUUUAAUUGUAUUACGAAUUUCGAAAAAAAAAACUAGCUGACUAGCUCUACGACUUUUUAACAAAAAAAAAAAAAUAAUAAUUUUCUAUUUAGUCACCAAUUCAGUUCAAUAUGGCAAAAAUUAUUUCACGAGAGUUCACGUAACCGAGUAUUAACUUUUGAAACGUCUUGUAGAAAAUUACAUAUGCACUUUUUCUUCACUUGUAUCAAGUAUUAAUUUUUCUUAUUUGAUUAGCAAGUGAAAAAAAAAGAAAAUGUAAUUUUUCAAAACGACGUACGAGACUUUUCAAAUUUGUAUAAAUACAGAUUAACGUAACGCUAAUUGUGAACGCGACAUAUUGGCAAGGAGUAGUUGAAUUUUUUUUUUAAUCUACAUGAUUCUGGGCACUGUGUAAUAAAAUUGUGUAGUCACGUUAAUUCGCUGCUAUUAAUUAUUGAUUUUAAUUACUGUAAUGAUUCUCAUCGAAUCCAGUUAGUUAAUUAGAUUUUACCAAAUUUCACUAACGCCUCGCAUCCAUACCAAUAUCGAUGUCGAAUUUUCCAUGUUACACUCGGUUAUUUAAUAAACAAACAAAAUCACACUCUUUCUCUAAUCGUUAUAAGCGAUACGAUUUAAUCACAGAUCAAUCUUGCGUUACAAAUAACGUUCGCUCAGUCGCGUGAGGGAAUCCAAGAUUCUUAAUAUAAAAUAUGAAUCGAGCAAAAGAAUCGAUAACUUUCCCAGAGUGACGUCAUCGAGCGUUAUCAAUUUUCAAAAAUUACCAAAAAAAAAAAAUCAGACAAGUCAAGUGUAACGAUUAAAAGAGGCGUAAGAGAACGUCGGGCCUUUUGGUAAAUUCGUGUAUUUAUUAUUAUUAUUAUUACACGUGACGUAGCUCACUUUCGUACAUGAUAUUAAUAUAUGUAUAGCGAUGCGUAGCGAAAAGUGAAUAUGAUUAAUGACAUGUAGUAAUUAAUUGCUCGAUUAAUCAAGAUUAUUGUGAUUGAAAUUAAAAACAAGUCGCUAACGAGCCCUCGUUACCUUGAAUCGACGUUGAACGAAAGUGCAUGUGUUACAGUUGCCGAAAAAGUGUGAGAGAGGAGGGAAGUGGGGUGGAUACGAAUAAAGUUGAACAAGGGGGUUAAACGAUAAAGGGAUGUUACAACUUAUAGAAUCCGAAUAAAUAUUAACGAUAGUGGUGGACAACGGGAUCGGAGAACGAUAAUGAUAACGAUGAUUAUAAAAUUGUAUUUAUUACGAAUAAUUGAAACUACAAAUAUUAACUAAUGAAUGAGUAAUUGUAAUGUAACGUUGAAUUUUUAUUUUCCACGAAUGAUAGUUAUGUGAAUAUAUUGCUACAGUCCGAUCCAAAUAAUCAAGCUUUUGUAACACUAAUUAUAAUAAAGUAAUAAUGAUAAUAUUACUGAUAAUUACGUAAUUACGUAUUACAGGCAGUAACUGAUAUGCGAAUUGGUAAUGAUACACGUUAUCGCAUAUAGGUGGUGCACGGAUUCCAGAAAUCUUUAAAAAAAAAAAUUCAUCACGGUCCCACGUUAUCACGUAUAUCGGUUAUCGUGAAAAAUGACAGUCCGCGAUUUUAUUGGCAUAAAGAAUUAAUCGAGUGACAUCUUUUUUCUUGGAAUGCUUAUGAUGGCAAGCGUAACACAAAUUAAAGAUAAUUAUCAAACUCUCAUGAUUUUUGAGAAAGGGCAUGCAAGCUCAUUCAUAUGUCAUGACGAAGAUUUUGAAAAAAAAAAAAAAAAAAAAAAAUUAAGGAUUUUUGGAAAAGGCAACGCGAGGUGGGGUUGGGGCGAGGUGAUAUAUCCAAGUAAAGGUAACGAGAUAAAUAAUAAUAAUAAUAAUAAUACCAACAAAUAAUGAUUAAAAUAAAAAUAAUAACAAUAAGUCAUAAGUAACACUUAACUAUAAUUAAUUGGUUAAUCAAGUAACGAUAAUCCUUCUCUUAGGGCGAUAAGAGGCAAAUACAAAAAAAAAAGAUAAACAGAAUAUUUUGAACGGUCGAUAAUUGGGUGAUGAAAGACGAGAAGGGAGAAGAGGAAUUAAAGAAAAUGAAAAGGAAACUGAAACACAAUAAUGUCCAUGUUGCUGAUUUAGCAGUGAGAGGUUAGAGUGCGUUUAGAGGCAACUUAGUUUAGUUAGUUAGCGAGUUAGUUAGUUAGUUCUUAUACUAGAAACAAGACGAGGAAGAAUGAAGAAAGAAAAAAACGUCAUAAGUGUAGCUUUUAGACCUAGGCUAGACUAGAGUAAACCUAGACUAGGCUAGGCUAGGUUUCGUUCCGAGGUAGUUUAUCAUGGCUGAUCCUUAUUUAUUAAGGACAGGGAGCCGGAAGUUACUCUAAUUAAUCGCCAAUGCUCGCAAAUCAGCAUCCGAAAAGAGAUGUUCACUCUUAACCGCAAGUCCCGUAAAGCUCCGUUACCGUGUAGUCUCUUGUGGAGAGGCUGGCUCCUUAUGGAUUCUUUUUUUGAAAAUUCCCAAAAAUAUAUUCGAUAUACGAAUCGAUGACGAUCCGACGGCAUUUUGAAAAAACGUAUCAUUCGACACGGUUACGUCGUACAUCACGAGAUGAAAAAAAAAAAAUAAACUUAAAAUUGAAUACAAAUUUUGGAUUUUCAUUAUUACCAAAUUUUUUGCAUAAAUAACGCUUUAAUUUCUUCUGAGCUCUUUAGCACGUGCCUUGUACAGCCUUCUGCACUAUUUUUAUCUUUCGUAUACUCUGUAUUAUUAUUAUUUUUUUUUUUUCUAAAAAUCACGAAAUUUCAAAACGCCGUCGGUCACGAUCCGUACGCGAUGAAAUGAUAAAAAUCACAUGGAUAUGAUGAAUCUACAGAUUUUUGUUCUUUUAAAUUGUACAGUCACCGGAGAGAAUGAUAAAAAAGUUGAUUAUAAAAAUUUUUUUUUUUUUUUCAAAAAGCCAGCUAUCAGCUAUCAGAGAGUCUUAGAUGUUACACCGUACAGUAGUGGUUAUGUAAUAAUAUACGCAAGACAUUAUAUAGAGACACGCGUUAUCAGGUAUAACGAUUUGAUAACGCACAAAGGACAUAGACACAUACGAAACCAAAAAAAAUCUAGACGCAGCAACAGCAACGCAAAUGCGCCACCCUGAACUAUUAUAAAUAUAACUAUACCGAUAUCACGAAAUAUAUACCUCUUCUGUAAAUAUUAUAUAAACAAUAAUUAUUAUAUAUAUUGAUCGAUACGAUAAUAACGGCAUGUAAAAUCAUGGAAUGCGACUAAUAUAUGCUAAUGAUUAAAAAGAUCAUCGGCCGACGACGAUCGUCACGAUUAAAUUACAACGGACGCCAAUGAUGAUCGACGCCGAUUGUAAUCGCGAUGACGAUUUACGAGAUGUAAUUAUAAAUUGCGAUAUUGUUUUACGACCGGAUGGACGUAUCAUUUAUUUGUGAAUAAUUCAUUACGAUGAUAAUAUAGUUAUAUUGUCGCGACGAUAUGAUAUAAUUAUAUUUAUCGGCACGGUAUAUAAAUAAUUAUAAAUAAAAAAUCAUCAUCGAUGAUAAUUAAAUACGACGAUUAGUCGAUGAUAGUAGCUUGAUCGAUGACGGCAAUGUUGAUUGUGAUUAUUUUUUUUUGUUUAAUUAUUAUAAUUGUAAUUGAUUAUUAUCGGUUAUUAUUAUUAUCAUUAUUAUUAUUAUUAUCAUUAUAUUUACUCCUAUCGUCAUUAAUCCGAACCAUACGAUUUCGUGGCAACACCGAAGCUGUCACUGUGACGUAAAAUUUGGUUAAAAACAAAAAUGAACUCAAAAACCUUAUCAUUCGUGUAAUUAACUACGGGCGAGUAUACAGUUUAGAAUUUGAAUAGCGAUCAUCGAUAAUUUUGUAGAUGCGGGAGUAAAGGAAGAAAAAGGUUAAAAAAACGGGAAAAGAAAAAAAAAAGAAAAUCGAAUGAGGGAUUCUCUAUGAUUUUGUGGAGAGGUUUGAUUUUUGGAGGGAAAAAAAUGUGGUACAGGGGUACGUUACGUGGUAAUAGAUUUUCGAAAAAUUGGUUAUAUGACGCGGAGUAACGAAUGUUUCCGUAGGGGCGUAUCCUUUUUCUCUCUUUAUCUUAUCAUUUUUCCUAUGAUCGGCAAUCGGAUUCUUAUCCACGUUUGAAUUUGGCGCUUCUCACGCGACGCGUUUGACAUUUCGACGAAUUCGAAAAUUGUACGAAUAUACCGACGGAAUAAUGUGCAAUGAUACGCGCGCAGACUCGACAGAAGUGUGCGCGCGUGUCUCUUGAUUAUUACGAGUAUGAAAUCGGCCAUUUGCUAUUGAAAAUUAAUCGAUUACGUGCGCAAUUCUUAUAGAUCGGAAUGAGGCAGGACAAUGGCGAACGAUUACAGGGCAUUCUUGAAUGUGUUUUAUAAGCGCGAAAGAUUUUGCUGGUUUCUUACGUAUUGCGAAUCCCCUUCUGGAAUGAAAGAGAAAAAGAACGAGCGCAGAACGUAGAUGGAGGAUAUGAGGGUCGAAGGAUGGAAGGGAUGUAAAAAAAAUUAUUUAUGAGAGGAAACCAAUAAUCCAGUACUAACGUGAUCGUACCAUUGGGCUAAAUUGUCUCAUUCUUGAAUAUUAUCAACAAUCAAUUGCUGGCGUAAACGAUAUAAUUAUUUAUUGGCAACUGAACCAAUGCUCAAAGACGCUGUUGGUUUAUAUUAAUAAAAAGAAGCUAACGAACCACAAUUUUCUUUACCUGUCUGUACCUAUAGGCCUGUAUUGUAUAUGCAGUGAAAUAAGGGAUGAAUAAAAAAAAAAGUAUGGACACUUUUUAUAUGCAUGAUUUAUAAGUUUUAAUUUUAAUAUUAAAGGAGAUAUACCAUGUUGUAUGUGAAUGAAUUAUUGGUUAUUUAAAUUGAUGUUUUAAAAUA